AUGCUUGUUAUAUUAAACAUUACGAGUCCAUUAUUGAAAAAUAAUCAAAAAAGAAAAUUGGACUCAAUAUAUUCAGACUCUCUCCAAAAUUCUCAAUCAUCAAAUUCAUCUCAACCAUUGAAUGCAAAUAGUUCAUCAAGUACUAGCGCCUCUCAAUCCAACUCUCAAUCUGAGUUAAUAUUUGAAAGGGAGAAAUAUUAUGAACAUCCAUCAUAUGUGAAGGAAAGACAGAGCAAGCAAGGUUUGUGUUGUGUGCCAGCUACAGAUUGUCAUAUUGAUAAGCGUAAGACAUCUCCUCAACUCGUCAAGAUUGUAUUGGCUGAAAAUGAAUUCAAUUUUUGCAAGCUUUCACACUUCUCGUCAGCAAAAAUCAGGAAAGAAUUUUUCACUAAUCAAAAAGUCGCUAUUAAGGAUGCCGAAAGGAAAGAACAAGCUUGUGUUGAAAAAAAGUAUGAUUGUCUUCGCUGCCAAGUUCAAUGUUCAGAUCUAAUUGGAAUUAAGUCACGAGAUUCCACAAAAAUGCUUAACUUUUGCUGCGUUACAUGCUUGUUCCAAUAUGGUGAUAUUAUGAAGACAGAUAAAUGGAAUAAGUGGGUCAAAGAGAACGAGUACUUUUUAGCAUUCAUCUUUGAAAUAGAUCGGUCUACUGUUCACAGAAAUUUGCAAAAGGUGAUUGAUGUGUUUUUCACUCAUUACAAUCAAGAAUUGUCAUUCAAAAACUAUCAAUUUAGGGCUGAGCGUGGUGUGAAAUAUAAUGGAAAAUUAAUUACUAUUAUUUUAGAUGGAACAGAGCAACAAAUAUUUACACCAAGCAACAAGAUAAAAGAGCAAAGUUUGUACUCAGGUAAAAAGUGUAAGCACACUUUUACGUUGUUGAUUGGUGUGUCUCCUGAUGGCUAUAUUUUGUUUGUAAGCUUGUCUUACAAUGGAUCAAAUAAUGAUUUAAAUCUUAUCGAAUUUCCAGAAAAUCAUAUUUGGAAAUAUAUUAAUACUGAUGAAUAUAUUAUGGCAGACAAGGGUUUCAAAGGAAUGCCUCGUGGAGUCCUACCAUUCAUCGGAAAUGAAUCCCCUUUCACAGAGAAAGAGAAACAGUUCAAUCGAGGCUUAGCAGCAAUCAGAAUAGUAGUAGAGAAUGCAAUUGCUCACAUCAAGAAAUGGAAGAUUUGUUCCACUCCAUUCCGAUGCAAAACCUAUGACAUCAAUGAAUUUGUAAUGCCUAUUAGAAAUCGCUUAUAA